CACCUCCUCCGCCAUUAAAGCGGUCCACCAUUCCUUCAGAGCUAUCGAUCGUUUACCCUAGAAAAUGGCUCUGAGAGCUCAUCUUCUCACCCCCAAAAUCCCCACACUCCAACCUCCAAGCCUCAGCUCUCGUCGUUCCCCUUCUGUAGUAACAUUCCUUGGCAACCGAACCAAAACCCUAAUCAAAUGCUCCGACCUCAGCUCAGGAGAGUCGGACUCAGAGUCAGAGCUGGCGUCAAAUUUGGCGAGAGAAGUGGCGAAGAUGAACACCCUUUUGGCACAGAGAGCGGAGGCCAUGGCAAAGAGCAGAGGGCUGCUGUUCAAGGAGGUGUGCCAGUACCUAUGCAUGGAUUCGGAUGAGGUUGGGAGCCAUUGGAGGAAGAUGGAAGAGGAGGACAAGUGGGUUUUGGUUAAAAGGUUCGUAUCUGAUUGGGGUGUCAAUUUUCAUCCAUUGUCUGCUAGAUCAAUCAAAGAAUUGAUAGAAGAACAUUUACGUGCAAUUGAAGAUGAACAAAGCAAUUCUUCAAAAUCAUCAUCAUCAUCACCAUCACCAUCUUCUUCUUCUUCUUCAUUGUUUCCUUCUCUGAAGAAAUUGAUGUGGUUUUCACAAGACUAAAAUAGAAAAAUGGUAUUUUUCUUUUUCGAUUUAUUUUGCUGUGUACAAAUUCUAUAUAAAUAAUGCUCAAGAAUUAAGUAGAAACAAAUUGCUAGUUUUGUAACUUCUUUUGAAGGAUUGAAUACGAGAGCAACUAUGAUUUGGGUGCA